CUACACGGACGGACAACUUUAAGCUUCACCACCCUACCCUCCCUCGCUAAUCUUAUCUAAAUCUUAUCCGCCCGCAGAUCGUCGCUUAUCGCACCACCAGGCGGGUUUGUGGGGUACCGACGACGACCAUAGCUACAGCUCAUGCUGGAGCUGGAGCUGGUGAGCAGCAACAUCGAUAUAUAUGUCACCACAACUACAGCUAUUCGCUCUGUCAAACCCUUCACGACGACGAUAACUCACCCAAGGAACGAUGUCCUCCUCCCCCCCUCCCCCCUCAAGCCCCCCCACCCAAACACCAACAAGCAUCCCAACACCCCAUCUCGCGUUCGGGGCUACGGAACCGCAUUCUACUCCCACCACCAACAAUACGACUACUACGAGUUCGGCUUCCACACAGACACCUGCUGUCGCGACACCAGCUGCGACGUCGGGGGCUACGUCGAGUUUGAAAGCUGUACAGAGGGAUAGGCAGGCGAGGAAUAAAAGUCCCAAGACUGGGGAAGCUGUGUGGUGUGGGGAGGAGGGGGGGACGGGGGGGGAGGGGGAGGGGGAUGGGGUUAGGGAGGAGAAAGUGAGUUAUACAGACGACAGUUAUGAGGCGGUUGAGAGGAGGAGGUGGGCGGCUACGAUACUGGAUUGUCCGGAGCUGUUGAUGAUGCAUGCGCAGGCUAGGCAGGAUACGAUCCCGUCGACGAGGUUGCAUUUCACGAAACUCCUCUGUGGAUACGAGGAUACACCCCGGAAGACGAAGAAGGCGAAGGCGAAGCGGUCGGGGAGGGGGGUUAAGGAGUGAGUGGCUUUCGUGCUUGGGCAUGGAUUUGAGUUCGGGUUGGGGUUGGGAGUUUAGGUAUGGGUUUUCAGGUGGGAGCUUGGAGUUGGGGAUCUUGGUUUGGGGCAGCGGUAAAAGGACAGACACGGAGUUCAGGGGCUCUACACGACAAUCACGGCAUGACGAUAAUGACAAAAUUGGGUAAUUCGUUUCGUGGGUAUUCAUCACAGCUCAUCCAUCCUAUACAAAAGGCCGUGGACAUCUCUCUAUCUCCCCUCCAAUAUGUAUCACAACACCCACACCCCAUGCAAGCCCUUAAAAAUAUAUAUCCCAAC